AUGCUCGGCCAGCCACAAGAUGAACUUCCACCGCCAUACUCCGAGACCGGUUUUCCGCCAGUAAAGAGAGAUAAUUGGGCAGACAACUAUUAUAAGGUCAUAUGCCAAGCCCAGUCCAGCGGUUGUUUGAGGGCUGUCCCGCAAAGGCAUUGGAUAUUGGUCAUCGACGACAAUUGUCGAUUAGAUCCGUUCGUGCACACGGCGAUUAAAUCCUUUGUUGCUUGCCUUCUUCCAAUCUUUCGGGCAUACAAAGCAGACGCACGGUUGUUCUUCGCCUGCAAACGGAACAAUGAAUACGAACCUCUUUCCCACGAUGACAAAGACAGAGCUAACUUUCUCGAACAGCUCUUGUCUUCGUCAAACUGGGGAAGUGCGCUUAAUAUCGCCCAGCAGAAUGAGACCCUUGACCAUGAGGAGAUAUACAAUUGGAUGACGCACCAGGAUGGUACUUUAAAUGACUUCUACGAGCUGCUGUCGCGCAUCCAACAUGAGCUACACCCAUAUCGAUAUGGGUGGGACAUUGAAGGAGUCGGUCUAGAUAAUGAAUCCAUGGAACUGCUUUACGAGGACGCUUUGGAAAAUCCGAAACCGCAGACCCAUGUACUCAACAGCCUGGCGCUUACGGUAAGGAGGGCGAUCAUGCUAAUAGAGGGUCGACUCGCGGCAAAACAUGCCGCUCUGCCGACGGAAGUCCUCAUUCUUACUGGGUCUUCGCUGCAGCAAUCAGAGGUCAACAAUAUUCGGGAAGAGCUGAGGAAUGUCAAAGGAGGUAAUCUAGAGGCUGGAAUAUCCACUUUGCUGUUUGUCCAUUCACGCGAGGAUGCAAUCAUAAAGCAACACAAAAAGCUGCGAAGUGCCAAUAAAGCCAUUUACGACGCUACGCAUAUCAUAGUAUCUGAGUAUCUGAAGAACGGCCCUUCCAGGCAACUUUUCGGCAAGGUCCUCAAUCGCCACGACAAGCGUUGGAGAAAGGUUCUGUCAGAAGGGGAAAAGUAUGGGUUGGGCUCUCUGGCCAGCGAAGACGAUGUUCACUUGCCGUCCGUUGAUGAGGCAGUCACGGCUUUGAGGAAGUCUGCAGAGGAUGCCUGGUGUUGA